AUGCAGCGCGUGGGCGCCGGGACGGAGCGGGAAACAGGCGGCGCUUUGAGGCCCCCGCUGAAAGCGUCGCCUGUUGGGGCAGCGCCGGAGGCCCUGGGCCCGCGAGCGGCCGUGGCGGGGCAUGAAAGGCAAAAUGGUGGCUAUCGAUCUUUACCUCUCUCUGGUCAUGUUGGCUUUGAUAGUUUACCAGAUCAGCUGGUUAACAAAUGCAUCAAGCAGGGCUUCAGCUUCAACAUUCUUUGUAUUGGGGAAACCGGAACUGGGAAAUCGACCUUGAUAGACAGCUUGUUUAACACCACUUUUGAUGACCCUGUGUCAACACAUUUUCAGCCAAAUGUAAGACUUAGAGCCCGGACAUAUGACCUGCAGGAAAGCAAUGUUCAUCUGAAACUAACCAUUGUAAACACGGUGGGAUUUGGGGACCAGAUAAACAAAGAAGAUAGCUAUCAGCCAAUAGUGGAUUAUAUUGAUGCACAAUUUGAAGCCUAUCUCCAGGAAGAACUGAAAAUCAAGCGUUCUUUACAUAGCUACCAUGAUACCCGCAUCCAUGCCUGCCUCUAUUUCAUUUCACCUACAGGCCAUUCCCUUAAAACUCUGGAUUUGUUAACUAUGAAAAGCCUUGACAGCAAGGUGAACAUUAUACCAAUUAUAGGCAAAGCAGACAGCAUUUCUAAAACGGAGCUACAGAGGUUCAAGGUCAAACUCAUGAGUGAAUUGGUUACUAAUGGUGUCCAGAUCUAUCAGUUUCCAACUGAUGAUGAAACCAUUUCUAAAAUUAAUGCCAUCAUGAAUGGACAUUUACCAUUUGCUGUAGUAGGGAGUACAGAAGAGGUGAAAGUUGGAAACAAAAUGGUGAAGGCUCGUCAGUACCCUUGGGGCAUUGUGCAAGUGGAAAAUGAGAACCACUGUGACUUUGUAAAACUUCGUGAGAUGCUGAUUUGCACAAAUAUGGAAGACUUAAGAGAACAGACUCAUGCCCGACACUACGAGCUGUACAGACGCUGCAGGCUGGAGGAGAUGGGCUUCAGGGACACCAGCCCUGAGAACAAACCCGUCAGUCUACAGGAGGCCUAUGAGGCGAAGAGGCACGAGUGCUACGUUGAGAUGCAGAGGAAGGAGGAGGAGAUGAGACAAGUGUUUGUGCAGAGAGUGAAGGAAAAAGAAAUAAUAUUGAAGGAAGCAGAGCAAGAAAUACAAGCUAGAUUUGAACACCUUAAGCGAUUGCACCAAGAGGAAAAACUGAAACUAGAGAGAAACCGAAGAACUCUAGAAGAUGAAAUGGCUUUGUUUGUUAAGAAGAAAGCUGCUGCUGAAUUACUGCAAACACAGACAUUACUGUCCACACCGAUUAGCUUUAAGAAAGACAAAGACCGCAAAAACUUUACAUAAUACUGACGAUAGAAGAAACAAAUGUUGAUAAUUUCUCACAAGGAAGAUAUGAUUCAGUGUGCUUGUGAAGGGGAAGGAGUUGCUGUUUUUUACUGAAAGAAUUUGAAAAAUGUCUCUUAUAUUUGCAGGCUACAGGAGAAGAAAUUUUAAGUAUCGUCUCUAUGCA